GGGAACCUCGGCGGGGAGGGGAGGAUGCUACACCCCGGCCUGCGGCGCAGCCAGCGAGGAGAACCUGCCGCCGCUUCCUUCCCCUCCGCCCUCCGAGCCCGGUCUGGGAGUCCGGCGGGGCCGGGGAGGAGGAAGUUGCGCCCCAGCUGGGACAGCAGCAGGUGGGAAGCUCCGCGGCCGGGCUUUUGCGGCUGCCUAAUUGCAGCCUGGCCUUUGGGCAAAGCUUCCUACCCCUUUCCGAGCCCCACACUUCCCUUUUUCUGUCCUCCGUGGCGGCUGUGCCAUGCGUGUAUCCCAAGGGGCUUGCGGGGUGCCUGUGUCCGGGCGAAACGCUGGCAGCGGUGGAGGCUUCCACCUCAGCCGGGGCGCCUCUUCCUCUCCCCUUCCCUCCCACCCAAGAGCCCCCACGUCCCUCACAACCCCCGCGGAACCAGCGGUGCGCGGAGGAGCCGCGAAUUCAGUGGGGAAAGGGACCGCGACCGGCGCGCAGAACCCAGCUGGAUUUAGACGCGCGCAAGUGUUGCAACUGCCUAACCGCUUGGCUCUUCCUUCUCCCGACUGCUGGUGAAUUACUUACAAGCGCCUAGACUGCUCUGGAGGGUGAACGACUCGUUCCCUCUCGCAGUGUCCGCCCUCAGUUUCUUUUUCCACCAGCGCCCGGCACGCUCUGCUGAUCUAAAAUCAGAGCAAUUAAAGAGUAAUGAAUUCUCUGGAACGGCAACUCCUACAGGCACUCAGCUCUGCCCUCGCACCAGCGCCUCCCAGCCCUCAUUCCCAGCAACCAGGCAAGAGCAUGUAGACCCUUUCAAAAGCUAUGUCAACGUCAGUGUUAACCGGUCCGGAUCCUCGAACUUUACAGAUUAAACCGCGCGCGCGCGUGUGUGUGUAUGCGUGUGUAAAUUGGGGUGGUGCAUAAAUCUGAGUACUUUGGUGUCAUAGUGAAGCUUUGCUCUCAAAGGACACAGUAUAUUUAGGUGUCUCUUCCUUAACACUCAGUUUGAAAUCCCUGUGUGUGUUGCAUGUUUAUUACUUCAAGCGAUCGAACGUGUCUUCCGUGCAGUUUAUUUAAGCCUCUAAAAGGCCUCCUAGAGACGCCAAACUCCUUCAACAAACUCGCUGGCGUUCUGAGCGGCAGAGCCCGGGGGAUUGCUGUGUAUGGGCGAGGUGAAACUGAACAAGGAAAGGGUCUGCACCGGUACCCACCUCCUAGCCUCAUACCCGCACAUGGCCCCUAGGAGGUGCUGGUGAAAUGCGCUACGGUUUUGCAGAUGGCUCUUAAUCCUGCGUUAUGCCGCUUGCCCCAGCACAGAGCAAAGAUACUGAAAUUAAAAGGGUAAGGAACAGGCUGUGCACGCGGCGUGACUCUGAUAGCCAAAUACUUGCUUGAUACAGUGUGCAAGCCCUGUUACCCACCAUCUUGCCUUUUCAAGCCCUCUCCGUGCGAAUCAGGCUUCACACCAGGGAGGUCUAAUUUAGCAUAUUAAACCAAGUGUUAUUGGUAGACAGUUUGGAUUAACGCUGCAAAAUAGAUGGAUACAUAGGAAGCCAGGCUGUAGCCUAAAUCUCAAAGAGCCUGGAGACGGAGAAGCUGAUUCAUCUGAAGGGCAAGAGGCUGAGGAAUAGUUCAUGGGGCUGCAAUAAGCUUCUUCUGAAAUGUGUUUCCUCAUGGACUUCUUCUAAGAAACAGGAGCGGUCUAAUUAAUCCUUUAAGGAGUAUUAAACCUCAGUGAAAAGAGGAAAGUAAUUAUUUAUAUAUGUUCUCUUAAUUAUGAUUCAUUCUGUGCAUCUGGAGAUGGCUAAGAAUUUUCCAAACCCCCUGAAUGCACAGAGACAACACUUUUAUUUCCAGGUAAUGAGCUCUUUUGGAAAACUAGUCACCCAGAAGGCAACGCCAUUUCUCCGGAAUUAGGGUUGAACUUGUUUUGCGUUAAUAUGCUACUCCAAAUAAAUGGAAGGCACCGCAGGCCAAGAGUUUCACGUAAUAGGAAAAACCUUUAAAGAAAUGAAUGCAAUGUUAAUAAGAUUGUGGUUGUUUGUAUAAGCUUAUUUAUGGGAGGGGGCAAAUAAAUAAUGUAUCCUGGUCUUUCUCAUCAUCACUUUCCCCUCCCAUGGAAUGAUAUGCAGCAAGGCUUAUUUACUGAAGUAGAAAAUUAAAGAAAAGUUGAUUAUUUUAAUGAAUAAAAAUUUUACCUUAUCUUAAUAAGGAAGCAUGAAGGAUUAAAUUUUGUCAGCAACUGAAACUUUGUUAAGUGCAUGAGAGCAGUGAUUAACUUGAUUGCUUUACCUUAUUAGGGAAAAAAAUAUAAAUGUGCCUUU